AUGUUACAAUGGUUAUAUUAUGUUGUAAUAUUGCUCUUAGCUACUUGUGUUCGAGCACAAGAUAAACCCAUUGCAUUGAUUGGUACCAUUCUUUUACCUGACGAAAGUAUCAACAAUGGAACACUAUUGAUUGUUGACGGAUACAUUAGAGCAGUAGGUGCUAGUAUUUCUAUUCCAAAUGAUGCAAUUAUUCUACAUACUAAUGGUGUUAUUUUACCAGGUCUUAUUGAUUUACAUAAUCAUUUAACAUGGAAUAUUUUUCCACGUUGGAAACCUUCAGAAGAAUUUGGUAGUCGUUAUGAUUGGCAACAAAAACCAAUUUUUAAGAUUCUUCUCGAAUCACCACACAGAGGACUAGUUGAAGCUGGUCUUUCAUGUGAAAUGCAACGAUAUGCAGAAGUAAAAGCCAUAACGCAAGGUGCCACAAGUGUAAUUGGUAGUUUACGAAGACCCUGUAAUCGAGGAUUAGCACGUAAUCUUGAUGAUGAUCCAACACUUGGACAGAUUCUUUAUAAUGUUUAUCCAUUACAAAUGACAGAUAUGAAACUGAAAGAAGCAAAUGAUGUUUUAUCUUCUAAUGGUACAUUAUUUAUUCAUAUUGCGGAAGGUUCACCGAAUGAUGCAACAGCAGCAAGAGAAUUUCUUAUAUUGAAAGCUCGUGAUUUAUUAAGACCAGGUGUAUCGAUCAUUCAUGGUGUUGCUUUAAAAGAAAAUGACUUUCGUGCAAUGGCUAACGCUAGUGUUGGUUUGAUUUGGUCUCUACGUAGUAAUUUAGAACUCUAUGGUGAUACAACAAAUAUAGAAGCAGCAUUAGAAAAUCAUGUUAUUACAGCUAUUGCUCCCGAUUGGAAUCCUACUGGUAGUGAUGGUUUACUUGCAGAAUUGAACUAUGCUGCUAUAUGGAAUAGUGGUUUAGAACAUUCUCUUGUCGAUGAUCGUUUACUAUUAGAAAUGGCAACAAUUAAUCCAGCUAAACUAGUCCAUCUUGAAAAACGUUUAGGUACAUUAAAAGAAGGAUAUCUGGCUGAUGUACUCGUACUACAACAGAAUAAUAAUCAAUCAAAGCUUAAUCCAUAUUGGGCUGCUACACAUUCUAUACCUGAAGAUGUUUUACUUGUCUUAAUUGAUGGUAAAGCUGUUUAUGGUAAUCCUGAAAUGAUGAAAGAAUUAGUUGAUUCUACAAAGUUAGAAUCAUUGGAAAUAUGUGGCAUUGAAAAAAGUAUUUCCUUUGCUAGUCAAAAUGGUCCUCAACCUUCAUUUCGUCAAACUCAACAAUUAUUGAAGAAUGCUCUUCGUCAUUGGGGUCGUACAUUAGCUCCACUUUCAGAAUGUGGAUAUUGA